UACUGGCUUUUAGGUCCACGUUUAAGCGUUUACUUUCUCUAAUGUAUUGUCUUUAGGAUUUUUUGUUUAAUAUAUCUUGACCACAUUUUUUCGUGUUAGGUUUCAGGUUCUGUUUUAUGUAUUUUCAUACAUCCGGUAUACACUUUAAGAGGACACACUUCCGGUCCAUUCUUUCGUCCUUCACUCGCCUCAAGCUGACGCAGGUUUUAAAGUGUCACUUGCAGGUUGCCAAACAUGGCGGUUCAGGUGACCGAGUCGGACCAGGUCAAACAGUUCAAAGAGUUUUUGGGGACGUACAACAAGGUGACAGAAAACUGCUUCAUGGACUGCGUCAAAGACUUCACCAGCAGGGACGUCCGGCCGGAAGAGUCCGUGUGCUCGGAGUCCUGUCUCCAGAAGUAUCUGAAAAUGACCCAGCGAAUCUCAAUGCGCUUCCAGGAGUACCACAUCCAACAGAACGAGGCACUGGCGGCUAAAGCGGGUCUGCUGGGUCAAUCUCGCUGAACGGGGAUGAUAGAACAUGUGGCUAAUAAAAAUGUGACUGAAAUUUAAAAA